GAUGGUCGUUAAAUAUGCGUACGACAAAGACGACUCACUGAGCCAGUACGAAGAUGUCUCCUACAGCCUGGGCUACAGUGGUCCGCGGUACUGCGCCGAUAUGUUGUCAGCGGUGUAUCCCACUGGUAGGGAUAAGCUGGUGGUCUUGGAUGUUGCCGCAGGGACAGGUUUUGUGGGUGUGGAGCUGAAACAACGCGGGUUCACCAACAUCCAUGCUCAAGACGGUUCCAUAGGAAUGCUGGAAGCAGCCAGACAAAAGGGAGUUUACUCGCAUUUUUUACACUGUCUUAUAACAGGGGAGACAACACUACCGCUAUUAAACGAUUUUUACGAUGCUAUUGUAAUAUGUGGAGCUGUUGUCGAGAAUCAUUUGCCCGCGUCGGCCCAGAAAGAUUUUAUAAGAGUCAUCAAGCCCGGGGGGUAUUUAAUCAAUGGUUAUCGUGCAACCUUGACUUCAAGUGAUUACGGCAAGCAAUGGGAGGAGACGGCCCAGAGUCUGGUGUCAGAUGGGAAGUGGACCCUGUAUGGGAGGCUGACAUUUCAGAAAUACAACCUGUUCACUGACGGUGUGGUGGACGUCUACAAAAAGAUAUGACCUUCUCAAACAGUUUUAUAUACCUACCUACCUGUCAAAAAAUAUAAUAUUGAUCUAAAUUGAUUCAGUUACCGUGGUUUUUAUUUUAUUUUAACCUGAUGUAUUUCAACUUGAUGUUAAUAUAAUGAAAAUGAUGUUAAAUUUGUAAAACUUGUUAACACUCGCUCUUUGCCAGAUUUUUGACGCUCAUCUGAUUUGACGUUUAAUUGUGUUACAUAAAGUUUCUUAGUUAUUGUUAAGUCCCUUGUGUAAUGUGUAUCUUAGUGAUGUCCCUUGAAUGUCGAGUCUCUGUGUACUGUGUAGCCGUGUUGUUGUUGUCAGUGAGUUUGCUGUGAACGAAUCUUGUAAGAGGACGUGUAGACGGAGCUGUGUAAUUUGUGAAUAACAAAGUGUUGAAGUUAACUUGAUGUCGUUUGACGUAAUAUACCAAGUGCAAGGAAAUAAGACUAGUAACUAAAGUAUGGGACCACAUAUGAUAAAACUGUUAUAAACCGAUAAGCAGUUUAA